AUGGAAAAUAUAGAUAUUAAUCAUAAUAAUAAAAAUACAAAUAAUAACAUUGAAAACAAAAAUUAUAAUAAUAAUAAUAAUAAUAACAAUAAUAACAAUAACAAUAAAAAAGAAGAUCUAUUUUUACAAAUAUGGAAAAAUCUAUUUUUAAGAUUAGUAAUCUUAAGAAAACUUAGACAAUUUCAAAUAUUUGAUUCAAUUAAAAUUAAUUUAAAUGAAUCAUUUUUUCAAUCUCCUUACAAGGAAUAUGUUAAGAAUUUAGUAUAUGAAUAUUUUAUAGAUGAUGACAGUGGCAGUAGUAGUGAUAAAGAGAUAACAUUAAAUAAUAAUAGUUUAUUAAAAUCAAUACCACAAAAUAUUAAAUAUAUAAAUUUUAUUAUAUUAUCAAAUACAACAAAUAGUAGAAAUAAUAAUAAUAAUAAUAAUAAUAACUCCUUAAUAGAAUUUCCAAACUCAAUAGAAUCUUUAAAAUUAAUUACAAAUAAUAGAUUUAUAAAUGUUUCAUUGAUACUACCAGAAAAUUUAAUCAAAUUGGAUCUAUCAAAUUUUCAUUGUUCAUUGCCUCUGGAGACAAUUUUAGAGAAUCUACGUAAAACAAAUAAACUAAAAGUGUUAUUAUUAAGCAACCAAUCUUUUAGAGAGGGUGGUCUAGUAGAAUCAAUUACUGACUUGGACUUGGGCAUUUCAAAGCAAAAAUACUUACCUGGCCAUUUUCCAAAGGGUUUAAAGAGACUAAAAACUUCCAAAUACUUUAACCAGCCAUUGAUGGUCAAUAGGGUCAUCUAUGAAACUGUUUUAAAGAGCACCUUUAAUAUAGAGCAGGCUUUACCAUAUUUCGAUAACCACAACUUGUUCCCAGACAAUUUAGAGACAUUGAUUUUCAACGAUGCAUUUAAUCAAUCAAUAAACUCUGUAUUACCAAAAUCAUUAACCACCCUCAAGUUUAUUAAUGAGUCAGAUUUUAACCAACCUCUAUCCGGUAGCUUCCCACCAUCACUUUCAUUUAUAAAGUUUGGUAAAUGGUUUAACCAAGACUUUAGAGUUUUACCAAGUUUAACAAAAUUAAAACUAGGUGUUUCCUUUCAAAGAAUCUUUGAUAUCCAGAGUAAUCCACCAAGCGCUUUAAAGAAAAUAAGAUUCAAGAGUUCGUUCGAAUCUAAUCAAACCAUCACUGUAAAUACUUUUACUAAAAGCUUGCCACCAGGCCAAUUAAAAUCUGUACAUUUGUCAUCACAUCAAACCAUAGAACCAAACUCUAUCCCAUUCGGUGUAACAAGUGUAAGAGAUUGUAAUUGGUCAAUGGUUCAUUUAUUACCAGCAUCUGUAACAAAGCUUAAAUAUGAAAGCGAACUUCUCGAGAUACCAAUGGUUGGUGGAGAUGUAGCUGUUAGACAACAAGUGCCAAAAAAUAUAAAGUCUCUAUAUCUUUUAGGAUUAAAAGAAACAAGCAAUAGUUUACCCUCUACUAUAGAUCAUUUGGAGUAUGGUGGUAAAGUAUUAUUUAAUAAGAGAUCGAGCAAUGGUAUUGGUGCUCCUAGUGAUCCUAUAGUUAUAAACAAUAAGAAACUACCACAACAUUUAAAAAUAUUAGUACUUAAAGAGGAAUCAAUUUUAAAAACAUUAGAACCCAAUUCAUUACCACCAACAUUAACAGCACUUUCAAUAAACAAAACUAGAUCACCAAUAGAAAUUGGCCAGUUACCCUCAUCUUUAAAAAUUCUCGAGCUUGGACCCAAAUUUAAUCAAAACAUAACAAAUGACUGGUUACCCCCACACAUAGAGGCAUUGGUAAUAAGAAAUAGAGCUAUUCAAAUUGAAUCUCCAUCUGAUUUACCAUCAUCCCUAAAUUGUAUUUAUCUCUCAAGCCAAUCAAUUAUAAUUAAUCAAUUCAAUCAAUUCUUGCCCAUUCUAGUCGAUAAGAUACAUGUAUUUGAUAUAAAUUCAAAAUGUAAAACAAAAUUAUUUAAAAAACUAUUAGCAAAGAUAAAAUAA